AUGACGACUCUCAUUACCACCAUUCGACAGCCGCUGGAACUUCUUAGCAUGAACGACCAGCCAGCGCGCCGAUCAAAGCGCCAGCCGGGUUUCGGGGGAGGAAGAGAGGAAGAAAUGCUGACUAGACGAGCAGCCGCCGAAUACGAACAGGACGACGACUUUCAAUUUGUGCGGAAAUCUAAAAAGGCGAAAACCACCGAAGAGCCGCCAGAGCCGGUAGCUCUCCCUGUACGGAAAUCGGGAAGAGGGAGGCCACCAUCGGCAGCGACUGUCGCGGCGAAAAAUCGGUCGGGGAGAGCGUCAACCCGUGAUGAUGAUGAGGACGUGGAGCUGAUCGCGGCGGAAAAGGCUCCGAAGGCGACAACAACAGCAAAGAAGGCGACAACAACAGCAAAGAAGGCGCCCUCACGACGAAAAGCGUCGUCCAAUGACGCGAUCCAGGAUGAACCGCCUGCGAAAGUAUCGAAAAGAGGGACGAGGAAAAGCUCGCGAUUAUCAAGCGACGAUGCAGCACCGGAAGAGCAGCAGCAAGCGCCUCCUCCGCCACGGGCAAAUGGCUCAUCGAGCAGCCAGAGCCGUGGCAAAAAGACGGCAAAAUCAAAAGCACCGCCCCCACCAGUAAUACAGGAGGAAGAGCUUGAAGAGGACGCUUCGAUAGUGGACUCACCUGUGCACGAGACGUCGACUGAGCCAACUAAAAUUAAGCUACCAAUGAGCGACACGCCAAUAAUCAACCGCAAUAAAGAAAUGCGCAAAAAGGGGGGGACCGGCGGCAGCCGCAGAAGCAGUCUGGGAUCUCGUGGACGGAGAGCAAGCUCAUUAAUUGAGAGCGGGCAGACAGCGAUUCCCCAUCGCGAAGUCAGCACUGCUGCGUUUUACAAGCAUAUCGAGGCGGAUUUGCUGGAGCCGCGGCGGAUGAAGCAGCUGUUGAUAUGGUGUGGCGAGCGGGCACUGUCAGCUAAGCCGCGGGGGACCCUGAACUCUGGCGCAGUUCUUGGAGCUCGAGCGAUCCAAGAUCAGCUACUUAAAGAUUUUUCGUCAAGAUCAGAGUUUUCAGAUUGGUUCAAUAGAGAAGAGAAAGUGCCCAAAGCGCCAGUCAUACUAAGACCGAAUCCUAGAAACAUUGAGCUAGACGAGAAGCUGGCUACUUUAGGAGCAAAAGUGAAGAGAUUGCAAGAAGAAAAGAAAGCGUGGUUAGCCAUACGGAAACCGGUGCCUGACCAGCCACCUCUAUUCACACCACAGGAAAAAGAAGCAGAGACAAUAACGUUGCCCGAUUUCGACUUAUUAGACCCCGAUGAAGGUCAAAUCAGAGGCUUCCUCGUCGACGAAACCAAUACUUUUGCCAGCAUACGAUCACAAACACAAGCACGAUUACGGCACAUCCAAUCGUCCCUCGAAUUCGAAGUCGAUCAAUUAACAGACAGCGUACAUAAGCUGGAACAGCGAGUCAAGGUAGCGGGCAAGGAAGCCGACAAAGUACUGAGCCUAAGUUCCGUGAGAUUACGAGAGCGGGAGGAGAGGGAGAAAAAGAGCGCGGGGACCAAAGAUAUGCCAAUCAUGAUGGUAUUGAGGAGUUUGAGCAGCAUACUGCCGGAAGGAGGGGGGUGAUGUGGUUUGAAGGAAAGUCUGAAAACAAAAGAGGAAGAAGGUGGAAAGAAAAUCUAAUUAUAUUUUCUUUAUUCCUUCUUCUUCUCGGCUGCUCAUGAAAUGCCCGCCUUUUUGCUCAUGAUACCCUCGAUCCCACCUACCUACAUUUUCCCCAAGUUCCUUGUAAGAGGGGGCUGCAGCGUGGACUCUUUUUAUUUUCGUUUCUAUUGCAUUAUUUAUUUUUAACGAGACAUACUGAUGAUGAGACGAGACGAGACGGCGAGGCGCUCGGUUUUGAUUUGAUACAUUUUCCGGCCUCUUUUUUUUUUUCUACUUUCCAACCAUGUCUCUUUUCUUUUCUUUUCUUUUUUUCUCUCGUUUGGCGGACUGGGUUAGGUUGAUUGGUUGGUUGGUUGCUUUUGAUUGGGAGGAGGAAGGCUAGUUUAAUUAAAUCCCUUGGUUUCAUUUUUUUUGCGUGC